AGCCUCAGAGGCAGCAGCGAACGUUAGCAAAGUUUUACCUGUCAACAAACUGAAGCAAGUUGACUUCGGCACGCUUCAACCGACAGCUUUUAUGAACCAAGCACGGUUUAAACUCGUUUUCUACUUUAAAUGUGAGUCUAAUCCCAGUGUCAAAGGACACUGAGAUUUGUUAAAUGUCUCAGGUGCGAAUAAAGCAGAGGGCAGACAUGGAAACCCGCGGCAUGUUGGCGCUGGACAGACCCGCGGCCGAGCUGACCGUCAUGGACGUUUACGACAUCGCGGCGGUCCUCGGCCAGGAGUUUGAGCGGAUCAUCGACCGGUUCGGCUGCGAGUCUCUGGUCGGAGUGGUACCCCGGGUGGUGCGAGUGUUGGAGCUGCUGGAGGCGCUGGUGAGCCGGGGAGCCGCGGGACAAGAGGCCGAGGAGCUGCGGGGAGAGCUGGAGAGGCUGCGGCAGGAGCGAAGCGACAGAUACGAGCAGGAGAGGAAGCACCAGAAGGAGUUGGAGCUGGUGGAAGACGUAUGGAGAGGAGAAGUGCAGGACCUGCUUUCUCAAAUCACUCAGCUUCAGGCGGAGAACAAGAGGCUGUUAGUGAGCCUCUCUCUCAAGGAGACGCCCAUCACGGAGGAAGACCUGCAGAAACAUGAGGGAAUGUCUGAGAAAGAAGGACAGGUGAUGAAGAAGCUGAAAGACUUGGUGGACAAACAGAGAGAUGAAAUCCGGGCUAAAGAUCACGAGCUGAUACUUAGAAAUGAGGAUGUUGACGCGCUCCAGCUGCAGCAGCAACGUCUGAUAAGGAUCAACCAGGACCUUCUCCACAGGAUAGGAGUGAUGGAGGCUCAGGGCAAGAAGCUGAUCCAGCAGAGGGCAGAGCUGGAGGCUGCAGCUCAGGCACAGCAGCAGGAGUUUGGGGCUCUGCAGCUGGAGGUCACGAGGCUGAGAAAGGAGGUCCAGGAGUGGGAACUAGAGAGAGAACUCAUUAAGAUAGAAGAGUUCUCUUCUUCACCAUCUGGGAUGUCAUCACCUUUAUCACCUCUAUCACCUCUCAUGAGGCCCUCAGCUGCCGAGCUUUAUAAACCAAAUUCGGUGUGGGUGGAGUGUGGAGGAGACUCGGGCUUUCUGGCAAACUGCUUUGAACGCGACAAGAGUCUUUCCCCACUCCCAAGGUCAGCGAACAGAGAGAAGAAUGAGGAAGAGAGUGUUGAAGAUGACAACACUACGUCAAUGUUACUGAAAGGAUCACCUGAUACAGAGCCAGAGGAGGAGACAGACAGCUUGGAGCAGGAUUCAGACAAACCUCGCUUCACCCUGCAGGAGCUGCGGGACGUCCUGCAGGAAAGAAAUGAACUCAAAGCCCAGGUGUUCAUGCUUCAGGAAGAGCUGACAUACUACAAAAGUGAGGACUUUGAGGACAGCAUCAGUUCCAUCGUGUCCGCUCCGUCUCCUCCACCAUGUUCAACUUCUUCUGAUCCGCCUGAAUCAGGAAUUAGACGCUUGAUCUUCACUGCUAUAAUGCCAAUGGUUGCAGCUGGUUUGAUCACAGACGACCCCACGUUGUUACCAAUCAGAAGACUUGUUUCCUUUAUAUGACCUUAAAUUUCAAUUCUUUAUAAACAGAUGCUCUUAUUUUUUUAACAGCACCAUCUCAACACCAAUUUGCUUACAAGAAUUGGUUUAAUGUCUGCCUUUCUCAGUUAUUUUAAACAAAUCUGUGUUUAUAUACUUGAAAUUCAGGUGAAUUAACUAUGUUGUCUUUAUUGAUGUUAAUUUUUAUGGUACAUUUUGGUUUUACUUUUUAACUUGAUAGGAGCUUUAAGUGAACCUCAGCAGUUCAAAUGUGAGACAACUGUCCAUACCAGGACAAUCUUAAAUAUAUUUAUGACCUUUUCAGGUUUUGUGGCUUCAUAAAGUCACCGUCUUUCAUUGCUUCACUUGAUAUAUAAUAAGGAAAUAGCUGUGCUUCAUUCAUUGUAAUGCUGCACAUGCUGAUGUCAAAGUUUCUCGCUCAGGUUUCUCAUUGCAUUUCUUUAUCAAAACACUUAAAUGGUGUCAGUGCACUUCAUGUCAUACAGUAUUAUCUAACCAGUUUGACAAGUAUUGCCUGUAAUAUAGAGAGCUCCCCGUAGAAUCAAUUGUGUUUUCACCAUACAGUCUUUGGCUUUCACAGACGAUGUUUUAAGCUCCUUAGCAGUCUCUGAAUCAUGACGGCAUCAUGAGCAACAGCUCCAUCUGCCACAUGGUCUAUCAAUUUAACAUCUUGUGUAAUUUAUUUCAGAAGAUCACGUAUAUCUGAUGGGAAAUUACUGCUCAUAUGUCUGGUUUGUGUACUGAAAAGAGCUAGAUGAUCAUGUGUCUGUGUGAGAUCAUCUUCUAGAUUGUUGUAAAAAGGAUAUUACUACCAAUUAGAAGACUUAUAACAAUAUAGACUGGAACCAUACCUUGUGGUUUACAUGUGCACAUGUGCUAAAAUCACAUCACUGAAAGUGCAAUGUGAAGUCAGUCCAGUUAACUAAAAACAAGUCAUGCUACCACUUUUUUGCUGCUUGAUUCAGAAAACCCAUAUAGUUCUUAUUUUCUCUGGCCAAUCUACAAGAGAGGUCUGUCUGCUAGAACCUAUUUGACUAUAAUUUAUACCUUCUCAAACUCAGAGCUUUGUUUUUUACUUUAUUGACAUUAACUUCUUUUCAGACUUUAAAAAAUACAUAUUUUAUUUUUGAUGCAAAUGCACUGCCUGACAAAAUCCCAAUUACCCUGUUGCUGUUCAUAUAUAAAUACGUGUAAAAUGAAAACUUUUAAUUGUCAAUAUGUACCAGGACACACCUGUAAAAUAAUGUUUAUUCAGAAUGAAGCAAUAAAGUUUUAUUUUUCA